AUGAAAAAAAUAUUAUGUUGUAUGUGUGGUGUUUUAAUUCCAGCAAAUCCAUCAAAUAUGUGUGUCGAUUGUAUUAAAAGUCAAGUUGAUAUUACAGAUGGUAUUCCAAAACAAUUAACAAUUCAAUGGUGUAGAGGUUGUGAUCGUUAUCUUCAACCACCAAAUCAUUGGGCUAUUGCAGAUUUAGAAUCAAGAGAAUUACUUACUAUUUGUAUUAAAAGAAUCAAAGGUUUAAAUAAAGUUAAAUUAGUUGAUGCAGGUUGGGUAUGGACAGAACCACAUUCAAAGAGAUUAAAAGUUAAAUUAACCAUUCAAAAAGAAGUUUUCACAAGUGCUAUUUUACAACAAAUUUUCAUUGUUGAAUUUGUAGUCCAAGGUCAACAAUGUGAUAAAUGUCAAAAGUUUGAAGCUAAAGAUACCUGGAAUUCAGUUGUACAAUUAAGACAAAAGGUUGAUCAUAAAAGAACUUUCUUAUUUAUUGAACAAUUAAUUUUAAAACAUAAUGCACAUUCACAAACUUUAAAUAUUAAAGAAAAACCAGAUGGUUUAGACUUCUUCUUUUCAAAUAGAAACCAUGCUAUGAAAUUUGUAGAUUUUAUUUCAUGUAUUACACCAGUUAAAACAAAGAAAUCAGAACAAUUAAUUUCAUCUGAUGAACAAAAUAAUGCAGCCAAUUAUAAAUUUACAUUCUCUGUUGAAAUCGUACCAUUAUCAAAGGAUGAUAUUGUUUGUCUCCCACCAAAGAUUGCUCACCAAUUGGGUAACAUGGGUCCAUUAGUAGUUGUCACUAAAGUCUCAAAUUUAAUUCAUUUCAUCGAUCCAAAUACAUUACAAACUGGUGAAAUUUCAGCCUUAACUUUCUGGAACAGUCCAUUUAGAGCCCUUUCAUCAUAUAAACAAUUGGUCGAAUUUACCAUUCUCGAUGUUAAUUUAACUGGAGAAACCAGAGGUCGUUUCGCUCUUGCCGAUAUUCAAUUGAUGAGAUCCGUCGAUUUUGGUGCCAAUGAUAAUAUGCAUGAUAUCAGAUCACAUUUAGGUAAUAUUUUAAAUCCAGGUGAUUUAGCAUUAGGUUACGAUGUUUCAACUUCAAUCUAUAACGAUUCCGAUUUAAUAGGUUUAAAGAAAAAUAAAUACCUUCCAGAUUUUGUUCUUGUCAAGAAAACUUAUCCAGGUAAAAACGAUUUCAGAUUCAAGAGACAUUAUUACUAUAAACAAAUUGAAAAAGAAGGUAUUGAAAAUCCAAAGAAAUUCGAUAUUGAAAGAAUGGAAAGAGAUAAAGAAGAUUUCCUUAACGAAAUUGAAGAAGAUCCAGAAAUGCGUAGCAAGAUUAAUAUUUAUAAAGCUCCAGAUGCUGCUCAAAUCUUAAAAGAAAGAAUUAAGAAAAUGGAAGAAUUGGGUAUGGAUGAAGAUGCAAUUAAAGCUCAACUUUCAAUGGACGAACUUUUAGAUGAAUUUGAUAAUAUAACUAUGAAUGACGAAGUAUUUGAAGAAGAUGACGAAGAAUAUGAUGAUGAUGAAGAAUAUGAAGAAGAAGAUGAUGAAGACAUGAUGGAAUAA